CUGGGGCGCAACCGCAAGGGACAGAUUUAAUUCCCGAAAGAUGAAAUUUGGAGUUAGACUCGAUUAUUCAAUUGCACUUUUUUUGGUGAUACAUAUACUAAAUCUGAUAUAAUGGAACGCUUCGCAGUAUAACAGCUUGUGAUGGAUAGAUACAGACUGGAGAUUUUUCUAGUCCUUUUUACCAUGGGAGCUAUACUCUCAGUUUGUAGCGGAGUUGGAUGUUAUACGUGCUCAGUUGACUUCAGAUCAGAAAAGUUUUCAGUCAAUAACAGCUGUGUUUUUCCAAAGGAUGGCAAUGAUUUCGCCCAUUGUAGUCACAAUAGUAAAUUCUGCAAGGCCGUGGUCACAAGAAUCAAUGGAAUUUUUGUAAUGAUAUCAAGAGGUUGUUCGGACGACUGCUCGGAGGACUGCGUUGAAAAAGGAUAUGGAAUUCGAAUAAGAGACUGCGUAAUAUGCUGUGAAAAGGAAGCCGACUGCGGGACCAGCGAUCUUUACAAGAAAAAAUGACCCGCGGAGAAACAAAAAAAUGACCAGGAGAACCAAAAUAACGUUGGAUGCAUGGUUUUCUCGUCAUUUUUGAACACGGCUUUGUUGAUUUUUCUUAAUUUAAGAGAAUGGAAGGUGUUCUACGCAUUAGGUUGAUCAAUU